CGAGUACUGUAGAGAGGUGUGGAGAAAUCCUGACGUAAUUCAUUAAUCAGUAGUAGUAUCUUUAAAAGAUUAGGCCCUGGCCCCCUUGACGUUUUGGGCCCCUUAGAGUCGCCCAUGGUUGCUUUGUAUGUUUUCACAGUGGUUUCAGGGUCUGACUACAUUCCUUCACCACAGGAAGACUUUUAGCUCUAUCUGUUUAUGUGAGUUCUUGACUGGCAGCAGAAUGUAGCGUUUUUGAGGCUAGGCCCAGUGCUGCAGGUUGUCCAGUAGGGUGCCUGCCUCUGUCUGUGUGUGUGUGUGCGUGCCUGCCGUGCUACAAACACGCUGUUGAUGUCAGGAGAAGUGGAGGGGGACGGGAGCACUGGCUGAAAACUGACGGUUGAUCUCCUGCAGGGGAACAAACCAGCACAGCAGAUGAGUGUCCGGUAACGCAAGGUUUCACCGUUCACAGGCUCCGCUUUGCUUUUUUCGAAGGAGGUGGGGGUUGCUUAUUUAAUGGGACAACGAAAACGUAAAAAACGUAAGGUAGGCAACCGCUUCUCCUGUCGCCAGCGCUGCUACUUCAUUUACAUGGACUGAGAGACACACUGAAGGUUGAGAAAUGCUCGCCUGUGAGAGCCUUUACUCCUCGUCUUCGAAGGGAACGUCUAGUUUUAGACGUUAACUUGACGGGUGAAAUAAUUUUGGGUGUCUAGGUGUUAUAUUUUUAUUUCCAUAAGGCGUUAGCCGGGCUUUCACCUUCUUUACUCCAUGCCUGAGCCGAGUAAACCACAUGAGAAGUCGACGUCCGGAGUAGACUGAACCGCAAACAAAGCACCCUCCCUGGCCGUCCAACCGCCCUUUUGCGCCGCUUUUACCUGAAACCGACAAAAUCGAAAAUAAUGCGCGUGGUUCUGUUUUGGACGUGUGUGUGGUGUCUGCUUCGUCCUGGUGUCGCCGGUCAAGGGCAGACGACAGCCGUUUGUUCGCCCUCAUGCAGCUGCGAUGAAGAUGGAGGGGCAGAUUGUUCGGGCAGAGGACUGACCAGUGUCCCAACAGGACUCAGUGCUUUCACGUACUAUAUUGACCUAAGCAUGAACAACAUCACUGAGCUUCCAGCGUAUGUGUUCAAAAACUUCCCCUAUCUCGAGGAACUACGACUUGCGGGAAAUGACCUGUCAUUCAUCAACCCUGAAGCCCUGUCUGGACUGCACCAGCUCAAAGUCCUGAUGCUGCAGAAUAAUCAGCUGAAAAGUGUUCCCAGUGCAGCUCUGAAGAACCUCCAUUCUCUCCAGUCACUACGUUUGGAUGCGAACCACAUCACCUCAGUCCCAGAUGACAGCUUUGAAGGCCUUCAGCAGCUGCGUCACCUCUGGCUUGAUGAUAACAACCUGACUGAGGUCCCCAUCGGAUCUCUGAAACACCAGGCUAACCUCCAGGCUCUGACGUUGGCUCUAAACCGCAUCACGUACAUACCAGACAACGCCUUUGCAAACCUUACCAGUCUUGUUGUACUGCAUCUGCACAACAACAGGAUUAAAGCCAUAGGAGGAAACUGCUUUGCCGGACUCUCUAACCUGGAGACACUGGACCUCAACUACAACAACUUGGUAGCGUUCCCCAAAGCUAUAGAAGCUCUGCCCAAAUUGAAGGAACUUGGCUUCCACAGCAACAACAUCGCCUCCAUACCUGAUGGGGCCUUUUAUAACAACUCCCUGCUGAGAACCAUACAUCUCUAUGACAACCCUCUGUCUUUUGUCGGAGCCACGGCAUUCCAGAAUCUAUCUGACCUGCACUCCCUGAUGUUACGCGGGGCUACUAUGAUGCAGGAAUUCCCCGUCCUUACUUGGACUAAUAACCUUGAGAGCUUGACACUUUCAGGGACAAAGAUAUCAUCUGUCCCUUCUAACCUGUGUGAAAAUUUGAAAUUACUACGAACCCUGGACUUGUCCUACAAUGAGAUCAGAGCGAUUCCGUCUCUGCAGGGCUGCGUUCGACUGCAGGAGAUGAGCUUUCAGCACAACCACAUCCAAGAAAUUGACCGGGACACUUUCCAUGGUCUGUCUGCUCUGCGUUUACUGGACCUGAGUAGGAAUGAAAUUCAAUUUAUCCACCCAGAUGCCUUCAGUACUCUGAGUGCACUCACCAACCUAGAUCUCAGUAUGAACUUCCUGGCAUUGAUACCAACAACAGGAUUGAACUCUCUCAGUCAGCUGAAGCUUUCAGGAAACCCACAGAUGAAAAAUGUGCUUACUGCCAAAAACCUACCCAAACUGAGGUCCAUCUCGGUGCCUUACGCCUACCAAUGCUGUGCAUUUGUUGGUUGUGACUCACUGAUGAGUUCCUCUGAGGAUGUUGAUGCCAAGAAAUCUUCAGCAGGGCAGGAGGUGGAACGAGUCUCCAUGAUCAUGCACUGCUCUCCUUCUCCAGGUGCUUUUAAGCCUUGUGAGCACCUCCUUGGGAACUGGAUGAUUCGUCUGACAGUUUGGUUCAUCUGCCUGGUGUCACUGGUCUUCAACAGCCUGGUGCUGGUGGCCACCUUCUCACCUACACACAGACCUGCAGGUCACUGCCACUCUCUGGCCCCUUCCCUACUUCCAGCCAGGCUGCUGAUGGGGCUCUUGGCCUUGGCCAAUCUCCUUACUGGCGUAUAUGUCCUCGUGCUGACCAUGCUCGACAUCGCCACCUGGGGCUCCUUUGCGGAAUAUGGAGUUAUGUGGGAAAUGGGCCCUGGUUGUCAGAUCACUGGAGCUCUGGCUGUUUUUUCUUCAGAGUGGGCUGUCCUGUUACUGUCACUGGCAGCAGUGGAGCGCAGCAUGGCUGUCAGGACAAUUCUUGGGAAAGUGCUAAUGUCACCUCGGAGGAACGGCGGUAGCCAUCGAGAGUUCUGGAGAGGAAAUCGACGAUUUAGCCUGGCUGCAGGAAUCUUGGGGCUGCUGGCUGCUGCCGCAGCGUGUCUGCCGCUCCUGAGCACCAACGGGCAGUCAGCCUCUCCACUGUGUCUUCCCUUUGCUGGUGGAGACAGUCCAGCUCUGAGUGUCACAGUGUUCCUGGUACUGCUUAACGCGCUGGCAUAUCUGUUUACUGCAGCAGUGUACACCCAGAUGUACUGUCACCUGGGCAGGGUUGAACUCGCUGAUCCGGAGCAGACAGGUGCCCUGAGACACGUGGCCUGGCUCAUAUUCACCAACUGCAUCUUCUUCUGCCCCGUUGCUGCUUUCUCCUUUGCCCCUCUUUUAACUGGCUCUACAGCAGGUGGCCCCGAGAUCGCCAAGUCUGUUACUCUCAUUUUCUUCCCACUGCCAGCCUGCCUGAACCCAGUUCUGUACGUGUUCUUCAGUCCGGCCUUCAGGGAGGACUGGCUGAGACUACGCAGCCGCCUCUGUCUGACCGGGGAGGUUAAGGCUGGUGCCGAAUGUCACGGAGAUGAUGGCGGUGGAGGGUCAGAGCUCACAGACGGGGGCUCCUCCACCCAUCUGGGCUGUGACUGUGGGAUGUACUCUCAGCUCUGCGGCGAGACCGUAGCAUGCGAACAGUGUGAUACAGAGCUGCAUGCCAGGACCUGCUCUUCGCCAUCGUCAUCCACAAUCUGUAGACACUUGGUAAAGUCUCACAGCUGUCCCACCCUCCUUGCAGGAGCGGCCGUGUGCCAGCGUGCUGACAGCUUCUGGGCAGACAGCAGCACGCCCUCUGCUCAGUCUGAGUACGCUGAUGAGGGGGACUCCUUUGUGUCGGACAGCUCAGACCAGAUUCAGGCCUGUGGCAGAGCCUGCUUCUGUCAGACCAGAGGUCUCCCUCUAGUACACUACUCAUACAACAUACCUCGAGUUAAGGAAUAAAGACGCUUCACAUCUCCUCUGUGCAUAGAUCUCUGUCAUGUGAACAUAGAUGCUACAGGAAUAUGGAAAUAUUUUUUGUCAGACAUCAAAAUUUGCCAACGACCCUGUUAAAAAUAAUUCAGCACUUAUUUAGAAGAGAUGCAACAUUUAAAGGGUUUUUUUUAGAACCCACCACACAAAGGAAAAGUUCCCAUUGUUGUUGCAAUUUCUCUUGGACAUGAACUUUUAAGCUUCUAUUUUUUUUGUAAUUUUAAACCUUGAUUAUUUUUUAAUGUAAAUGUAGCAAAUAAUAUGAGUUAUCACACUAGACUUUUCUGUUUGAAUGUAACUUUUAGGCAUUACGGUAAUGUAAUGUGAGCAAUAACUUCUAGCCUUUUCUGUCUGUGACUGUACAGUGUGAGGAUAGUAUUUGGUCUGUUAGACACACACUUUUUGCUUUAAGACUAAGAAUGUCAUAAAAAGAUGCCAAUAUCACUGUUUUAGCUGCAGUCAUGCUCGGUGGUUUGUGGAAAAAAAAAGAUGUUAUUUAUUUGAAUGUUUGAGCAGAGAUGACAGGGUGAAUACAAGGCAGCCUUUAAAUGUUGACAUAACAAAAUAUUCAAAUAUCAUUUUCCUUUGUUUUAAGAAUAAUAACAGUUAUUUUUAUACUGCAAAAACACAGACAUGCUGAUUGAUUGAGGCUAAAGAGGGUUUUUUUACUAUGUUUUAUACUAAGCUAUGUCAAUUAAAUGCAUUGAGACAUAAAAAAGUGCAUUGGUUUUAAAAAGGUAAACGUUUGUUAUGAUCGUCCAAAAGUCCACGUUAAAACGUAAAACGUUACAUUUUUAACAAAUUCACUGCCUCUUCUGGUAAGGUUAAUUUAUCAGUAAGUGAACCUGUCAUUUAAAUGUCUUUGCUUUUCAAAAGAGCAUUAUUUCUGUUGUUAUUAAUUUUAUUGUUCUUAUUGUUGUACCAUAAAGCACAUGAACGUAGAUCCCAUCUGCCCUGAGUGUAAUACUGUGAACGACGAAGGACUGACUGAUGUGUGUUGUGCAGGAGCAGGACUGCGCGCAUUAAGGCGGAUACACCCUUGGUGCAUGUAUCCACAAGUGCAUGUCAGUUGAGUGCUCAGGAAUUUAGGCAAUGUGGGGAAAACGUUUCCUCCCUUCUACAUGUCGUUCGUUUCAUGGCCUGAUUAUGGAAUAAUCCUAAUCUGGGUUUUAAUAUUUGUAGAUCACAUUUGCCGUCUUGACUUGGUGUGAAACCCGUCGCACCAAACUGAAAUCUCCAUGGAUUGCUUCACAUGUCAUUUGAUGAAAAUGUACAAAUAUUUUUUUCUAGUGAUUUGGGUGUUGUUGUUUUUUUUUUGUAUUCGUAUGUAAAAAGAAAGAAACAAGAAUGGGAUGCUAACUAAGGAAGCUACCUCCUCUCAUGUAGUGGCUACCAGCAGUGCUUUGAUAAAGAAUAAUCUAUAUUUUUUUGUUAUUGAUGUGCAUAUUGGCUUCCUGUUGACACAUGUUGAUCGUCAUCAUUUAUUUACCUAACUUUAUGCAUAGCUAAGUUACAAAAUGUGGGAGAAAUCUAUGUACUGUAAACUGUGAUUUUUUUUUUUUAGAUUAAACUAUAAACUAUUUUCUUAUUAUUUUACAGAUAGAAACUUACAGAAUUAUACUAUGUAAAAAAAAAAAAGACUCACUAAAUUUAAAUUCAGAUUAAAACUAAUUUGUAAUUUUCCAUGUCAGGUCUCCCCACCUUUUAUUUUUUUAUUGUGUUUUAGUAGCAAAAUAAUUCUCUUUAUAUAUUGAGCAUUAAUAAAACUGGUGUUCAUGAUGGGG